AUGACCACCAGACGGAACUGGACACCAGACUCCAGCCCUUUGUGGAUCCUGUUCCUGUGUCCCCACAUCGUCUCCCAUUUGGCGAGAGCUACACCUGUGCCCCAGGUCGUCACAGCUGCUGCAGUCUCAGCUGGGAUCACAACGCUUCCAGCAGCUGAGCGGUGCCCAGCAUUGGAGGUGUCCCUGCCAGAAGAUGGACUCGCACAAAACGGAACGCUGACUCUGUCCUGUACUGCCUGUAGCCGCUUCUACCACUUCAGCCUUCUCUACUGGCUGGGCAACGGUUCCUUCAUCGAGCACCUCCCCUACCAGCUGCGGGAGGGCAGCACCAGCGUGGAGUCCAGGGGCUGGGCCGAGGACAGUCAUGACCCCGAAUCAAGAAGCCUCCAGAGGGUUCCCUCUGCCUCACCUCCUGACAGGUGA